UUAGAAUACAUUCAGACAAGGGCAUAGCGCCGUGGGUUGACGUAGCAGGGAAGGAAACCACAGCAAAGAUCAAACUGGGGUGCUCAAGACUUUUAGAUAAAGACAGGUUUGGAAAGCUUAGAGACAGACAGUUAAAAAACGAGGAUGGAAAGGGGGGGCCCAUGCAGAGGAGCAGUGAGCCAGAAAUCUCCAUCCUAAACAGAGGCGAAGUAAAGAAAGUUGAGGCUGUUGACACCAGGGCUGCAGAAAAGGCAGCUGAUGCACAUGGAGACGAGGGGUUCACAGUGGCGUCUGUCAAAAACACAGAGGGAAUCUCAUUUGCCAGAAGAGUACCGAUCAGGCAGGAUGGGAAAGCGAGAGCAGAGAGAGAGGUGAAGCCACUGGCAGGUGAGAAAGGUUCAGAAAGGGAGCAGAGAGUAGAAAAAGAUUCAGAGGCGGGGGGACGGACUGAGGCGCAAGUUUGUGACAAAAAGGUGUCUGAGUUUCGGAGAGACGAGGGAUUCGAAAGCACAAUCCCACCUGAAGUUACAACAGCAGAGCUGGCCAGUCCAUGUCAGGCUGCUGAGAGUCAGUACAGACAUGAAUCAGCUUUCACAGAGUGCUCCAAUCUACUCUGUGCUGUCACAGAUAGGGCCAGUGACCCCCAUAGAGGGUCCGAGUGGAGUGAUACAGGGCCACAAGGACUUUACCUACCACCCAAUGUUUUGUCCCAACAGACAGAGGAUCUUAUAAGUAAAAUAGAAAAAAUAGGAGACACAACUGUUUAUAGCAAUGAGAAAGGAGGAAGGGCUUACAAAGCUGCUUAUGAAGUGAACAAAGAGAGCAAGCAGGAGGCGCAAACAUACAGUGAUGUUGGGUCAGAGAACCUCAUUCAUGAUGUAACCCCCAGAUCUCCGAAAAGGAUUGCACCAAUGGGGAUCAAUCCAGGUCCCCUCGAGAUUCAAAUCCCCAGAACUGUCUUUUACGUUGCGGAAGAAAUGGUGGAGAGUAAAAAGGCCAUAGGUCAAAACAACGAGGGGCAAGACUGGGAAGCAGGUAAAGGUGUUGAGAGGAGGGACAGCUGGAGGAUCGGAAAACCCUUGAGCCGCAUCGAGUCCCUGCGAGAGAAAAUCAGACAAAGAGAGCUGGAGAGGCAGAGACAAAGAGAGGCACAAGAUGGAGGUGGAAGUGAAGGUUCAGAGACAAGUGAUAUUCAGAUAGCUGAGGAGAGGCGUGAUGAGAGGGGAACUGAAAUAGACAAAGAGGGAGAAGCUGCAGCUGACAUGCGGAAGAGGCUGGUCAACGCAGAGAGGGCACAGGAAGACGCAGCAGCGCAGACAUCCGUGACUGCAUUUGACGUCACACAGGAAGUCAGCGUGCUAAAAAGCUGCCCUCAACUUCCUGUUUCUGUCCAACAUUCACAAGCCGUCAGAGUAGAGGAAGCAUCAAGCGAGUUUUACACUGCUGCCACCGAAGUUAUCUCUGACAGCUUCCAGAUAUCUGAGGAUGAAGACGACCUCCUGAAACAUGUGGAAGAACAGCUGAGGCGCCACAGGAGCCUACACGAGAACAGAGGUGAAGAAAGGGAGGCGGAGGAGAAGGAGCUCUCAGAGGAGGAGGUAGAGGAAUACACAUCGCCUCUUGAUCCUGAACAAUCUCUCUCCCCUUUGCCAGCUCACCCCAACUCCCUCACAGCCAUGAGUCGGAUCUACAACUUGGGAACUGUUGGCUCGAGGUCGGGCUUGUGUCUGAGGGAGAGGACGGUAGACAGCCCAUCAGUGCACCUUGUUAAAGUGAAGCCCCUCAUGUCAAACGCACAGCAGAGGGACAACACAGCAUUCUCAGGUGAUGACAUUUCUGGGGUUCAGACAAUACAGCAACAGAUAGAGCAGUUUCAGCUGAAAGAGCAGGAAUCGCUGACAUCUUGUACAUCGCCAAACACUCCUCUCAAAGACAGAGAGACAAAGGGGCAGCAAAGCCCCAGAGGAGUGUUAAAGCAGCAGGUAAAGGACGAUGCCAAGACCCAGGAGAAAGAUCAAGAAACGUCAGAAUCAAACCCCACAGUGUCUCCUCAGCAUACUUGUUCUCCAACAUCUGUGCUCAAACAAACCAACCAAACUAUCACCAUUACCCCCUCACUUCUCAGGAGCCAAUCCCCGGAAAAUACUCUGAAACCCUCAGAUUGCGCCCCGACCCCAGCCUCCUCCCCAUGCUCUCCAUCUCCUGCCCAUUCUCCUAGUGUUUCGCCAUCUCCCACCCCAUCACCCGUGCGCUUCUUAAUCAAGAGUGCCUCUGGAGGCCAGGUGAAGAGAGGUGCCACCAUCACAAUCUCUCCAAAAAAACCUCAUGGGGAAGGAGGAGGAGUGACGGGGUCCACAACGAAGCCCAAGGUAGCAGGGGUGACAGCCACAAAGGCCUCAUCGCAGCAGGCCCAGACUGUCUCAGCUGUCGCCGAGCCAGUGAAGAAGAAGUACCCCACAGUGGAGGAGAUUGAGGUGAUUGGCGGGUAUCAGAAUCUGGAGAAGUCCUGUCUGGUCAAGAACAGAGGGACCCUGAAAAGGGGAAAGGUGUGUUUCGACGAGGACCAGCUGGAGCAGGUCUGUGAGUACCCAUCAGAAACCUCCAUGCUGGCUUAUACCCCUUACCCUCAUGAUCCGUGGAGACUGCAGGGAGAGGACGUGCAGGAGGAUGAGGAUGAAGUAGAGGGAGGAUCGGUCAUAUCCAAAAGCAUAAAGAACGUGGGGAUUACAACGGGUCGGGGUCUAAGAGUGGGUCAGUGUCACCCCCUUCUCAAGAAACAUAGUGUGUAAGGAGUGAGAUCAUGGAUUUAGAUUGUUUUGCCAUUCAUGGUGACUUCUGUGGUCUCCUGUGAAACACUCCACAGGUUUGGACUUUAGAUGGCAAAUUUUAGUUUCUUGUCUGUUUAUUUUCACUGUGUUGUCACCACAGAAGAAGGCCCGAGUGCCUGCACUUUCCUUAAAUUAUCUGUCUGGCAUUAUUCUAUGGCUUAUUCUUCAUAAUAUCAACAAAAUCCAAGACCAAAAUCAACAAUCCAUUUAUCUUUUCUGUAGUAUGUCCUGUGAAGUAAAUGUCUGGUAUAGCUUAUUUCCCUGUGCUAGAGCAUUAUUUUGAGUCAAUUCCCACAUGUUGUAAACACUGACUUCCACAAUAAAUAUCUAUUAAUUUGAUGCAAAAAAUAGGCCCCAGCAAAUGUUCUUGCUCCUAUGUAAUUUACUCCUAUUCGAGUAACAUUAGCUAAAAACUACAGUGCCCAGCAGUUUUACAGAGCCUUUUUAAAAAAAGUAAAACAAUCUAUUUGUCAACCAUUAUUAAAGAUUUAAAUGUUUAGAAACAGUGAUUAGGCUUUGGGCUGAGUAUCAUAGACAGGGUAGGGAAGAACUAACAGAGAGACUUACUAAAGCGGUAGUCAGUCACAAAACCUCUCCAAACGGUUUUAUUUUCUCUGCACUGUUCAUCCCCACUGUUUUAAGAAAUUAUUUAAUUCAGUAGAGUUAUAAAAAUAAUGAACCUCUCUGAGCUUGCAAGCUUGCUAACUAACAGAAUGCUAAAUGUUUGCAAGCUAAAUGUUGCUUAGCAAGUUCAUUAGCUUGGUCACUAAUUUAACAAUAAGUUCAUACAGUUUAUGUGUUUGUAGCAUCGACUCCUUUCUCAUAGCUCUUUUGCGGGGGAGUUUACACUCCGACAGAGGAGGUUAAAUAAAAAUUAAUGGUGUAACAUGGCUAAUUAGUUACUAUAGCGUCCUCCAUUUUAGACUCUGCAUUCACUCAAAGUCAGGAGAGCAAAAUCCAGUGUCAAAUGUGGUGGUUAUGGUAAAUACAUUUUACUGAGAAAUAUUGUCAUUUUAAACUAUUGUUGGUUUUGGUCUUUUUGUGGGAUUUCUUUACAAUAAAAAAAACCCUAGAAUAACGCCAGUCUCGUCCUUUCAAUAAACCAACCAAUUUCCAGAGUUUUGCAAUUGGUAGCAGGUUAGCCGCACGGGCAAGCUCAGCAUAAUGAAGAAAUAUAGGCCUAAAGAUUAAAAAUCUAACACAACUCUGGUUUUAAAUGCAGCAAUUUAAAACAUAGAAUUGAUGUUAUGAGAGAGCAACUGGAAUGGUAUAGUUGCAUUUAUGGUCCUCACAAAGCCGUAAAUGUCACUGUUGGUGAACUCAACGAAGUCAGCUCCAAAAACAAAAUGGAAUAGAAAAUCCUAGCUUCAUCUUAUUUACCUUCCAUCUCCGUCUCUCUGUUUUCCAGAUGAGUCUUGCCCUCGGUAGAAGCCAGUCAUCUCGCCAAAAUUGCCCAUGUGAUAAGCUGACCAACAUUUUGUUGAACAAUAUCACAUGAUUUUGAUUAUGUUUUGUUUAGUUUAAAUUGUUGAAAUGAGUGUUGAAGUGAGUGUUUGUAAUCGGUGUGGUGUUUUGUUUCAUUUAGCGUCAGAAUGAAUGAAUGUUGAGGAAGAAAUGUACAGCACAGUUUGAUUCAUGCAGUUAAACAAUAAGAAACAUAAUUUUUGUUAACUGGGUAAAAUAUCUCCUGGUGUUAUUUUCAGGGAAGUUUAGGGACAAAUGUGAAUGUAAGUAUGGUACAUAUUAUAAAAUACCCUCAGGUGUGCACGGCUGGGUGAUGAAGGAUCACUUGUCUAUGCAAUAUAAUAAAAACAAAUAACAUUUUAUUUUUUAGUUAAUAUAUUUGAUAGUUUCUUUUAUGUUAAUUACUUUCUAAAUUUAAGUCAGCACUGCCUCAGCACAGAAGAGCAAUGUUUAUAUCAUCUGGUUUCAUGUGCCUGCUGGAUUUGCCCAUACAGAUGAUAUGAAGAUCAGUUUAUAUAGAUACUUGUAUAUUUAUAUAAGAUAUUUAUAUUUUUCUUGUAUGAAGCCUUUUGGAAAAACCUCCUCUCAGUGGGUGUUGUGUUGAACGUUGCAGGAAUAUGGGUGGCGCAAUGUGUGCAGGACAAUUUUCAGAAGUUUAUGUCUUUUGUGGGGUUUAAUUGAGCCUUACUGUUCACAAUGACAACUCUGGUAACAGUUCAGUUAAUGUGUAUGGAUGUAAAUAAAGGAUUUUUUUUGUCAUGUAUAAGUGGAGAGAGCUGUGUGAGUGAAACUCCCUGAGAGGAAGCAGAGUUGAGAGUACAAACGAUUCAAUUAACAGAUUAGCUUCAUCAUAUUACAGCUGAUAUUUGACAUUUGGCUUUAUUACAUUUAUAAUACAAUAUAUACAGAGUUUUUAUUGUUUGUGAAUUUGUAUUUUAAUUGGUGAAACAAGAGGCAAACAAUUUUUUUUCUAUGAAGAAGCUGGCUUCAAGAGAAAAAAUCUAAUAAAAAUCUCUGACAACA